AUGUAAAAACAAGAUCCUUACUGUUUUAUGACUCCAGUCAAGAAAUAUUAAGACAUUUAGGUGAAUUAUAUGAUUAGUGGCAUUAAUGAGGAGCAAGUUAGUUUCACGGUGUCUUAUGUAAAUGGAGGUGAUAUUUACGCAGACUCAGGUAAAAGAGAGAAUGAGGUUGUUGUUAAGGCCAAAGAGGACAGUAAAGUUAAUCUUUGCUGGCAAAAAUUAGAUAGAAAAACCAAGAAAUUGACUUUUAACUUCUAAGUCACGUCUAUUGAUUCAGAUGCUAAGGCAGGCUCAUAAACUGUAGAUAGGAUUUCCAAUAGUGUUUAAAGAAUGUAGAACAAACUAGAUACAAUCUCCAGAAAUGUAUAUAUGCAGAAUGAAAUGGACAGACAGCAUUCAGAUCUUAUCGGAGUUUGUUUCGGAUAAAUUUACUUCAUUACUUAAUUCUUUACUAGCAAAAGCACAAAGAUGGGAAAGGACAACAAUCCAUUUGGAAGAAGUAUGGUAUGA